GUGAACCCGGAAGAAAAAUGUAAACACAACAUCUCAAGUAUGGCGGCGGGCGGUGGCAGAAUUACGCCCAUGAAUAACAACUUUAGAAGACUAACCUGCACGAUGGGGUUUCGAUUCUCUUUCAAGACAGUCUGCUUGUUUUUGCUACUUCAAAUUACCACCGUCCGCUCGGAUAUCACAGACGGCAAUGCAGAACAUCUCAAGCGGGAGCAUUCACUUGUGAAACCUUAUCAGGGAGUUGGGAGCCAAUGGGAUUUCUCCGGUAGCACCUUGGUGACGAGCCAGUAUGUCCGCCUUACGCCAGAUGAGCGCAGCAAGGAGGGUUCCAUCUGGAACACAGUGCCCUGCUUUCUCAAGGACUGGGAGAUGCAUGUGCAUUUUAAAGUGCACGGGUCGGGGAAGAAGAACCUUCAUGGAGACGGCAUUGCUCUGUGGUACACUAAGGAGAGGCUGCACCCAGGCCCAGUGUUUGGAAAUCAGGAUCAUUUUGCUGGCUUGGCUCUUUUUUUGGAUACCUUCCGCAAUGACCUCCACGGCAUGGAUAGGUCGUUUCCCUACAUCUCUGCGAUGGUGAGUAACGGCACGGUGCCGUAUGACCACGGUAAAGACGGGCGUCCCACAGAGCUGGGAGGGUGCUCUGCUGAGAUCCGCAACAAGGAGCACGACACCUACCUGGCCAUCCGCUACUCCAAGGGCCGACUCACGGUGAUGGUGGAUGUGGAUGACAAGAAUGAGUGGAAGGAGUGCAUAGACAUCGGAGGAGUGCGGCUGCCCACUGGCUACUACUUUGGAGCCUCUGCUGCCACGGGAGACCUAUCAGAUAACCAUGACAUCAUCUCCAUGAAGUUGUACCAGCUGAUGGUGACCCACUCUGCAGAUGAGGAGAGCCUGGACUGGACCAAGAUCGAGCCCAGCGUCAGCCUGCUAAAGUCCCCUAAAGACAACAUUGACGACCCGACGGGUAACUUCCGUGGCACUCCACUGACGGGCUGGAAGGUCUUCCUGCUGCUGCUGUGUGCUCUGCUGGGCAUCGUGGUGUGUGCUGUAGUGGGAGCCGUCGUCUUCCAGAAACGACAGGAGCGCAACAAGCGCUUCUACUGAGGCAACGCCUUUAAACACACACACACACACACACACACACACACACACA